CCAGUAAUGCGACGCCCCGCCCACUCACAAAGCAGCAAGUCUAUCACAACACAAAGAGUGCAACAAAGACUAGAGAAAUGUACAGCCUAACCGACACACAAAACUGUCAGAUAGUCUCAGUUUGAGGUCUCAGACGGAAUCUGCACCGAGACAAGACAACCGAAACCAAAAAAUAAAUAAAAAUAUCACAAAGUAUACUCUGGAGAAAAAAAAACAUUCAGCUUCCCUAUAGAAAAUCUAUGCCGAACUUCGCAUUGAGAUCCAGUUCAGGUGAAAGACAUAUGGUUUUGGAAGAGCAUGAGGAUGAGUAAAGGAUGUCGUAUUUUCUCCUGUGGUGUCUGUGUGGAGCGUGCCACACAUCCACUCCACAACAACGACGGCUUUUGCUUGCAUCUUCCAGUGUUUCUUCUGUCAGCAAGUUCAGCAGAGCUGCAACUCGUCUAGCGCCAGCCCAGAGGAACCCAGUGAGGAGGACCACGACUGUGAGAUGGUAAAAAUGACAAAGUCCAAGACCUUCCAGGCUUACCUGCCCAACUGUCACCGAACCUACAGCUGCAUCCACUGCCGGGCACAUCUCGCCAAUCACGAUGAGCUCAUCUCAAAGUCAUUCCAAGGCAGCCAGGGGCGAGCCUACCUCUUCAAUUCAGUUGUGAAUGUCGGUUGUGGUCCAGCAGAGGAGAGGGUUCUCCUAACAGGUUUACACGCUGUGGCGGACAUCUACUGUGAAAAUUGUAAAACCACUCUGGGCUGGAAAUACGAGCAUGCGUUUGAGAGCAGUCAGAAAUACAAAGAAGGCAAGUUCAUCAUCGAGCUGGCUCACAUGAUCAAAGAUAAUGGCUGGGAGUGACCUUCACCUACUUCCUCUCCGCUCAGUGACCUUUGGGCUGCUCUGCCGUGGACUUUGCCGAGUGACACCACCACACGCACACGUACACAAACAAAAAACGCACAGACACGCGCGCACACACACGCCACCGUCGACCAUGACACAUCCUGACAUCUCUACUGGGUCAUCACAAAACUCAAAGGCAGAGUGACGGAAAGCGAAUCGAAGACAUCUACGGUCACUGAAAGACUCUCUAGGACCUUUUUCCGAGAUGUACAUGUCAACACUUUGGGAUCCGAACCUUCUCCCUUCCUGUUCGACUGCCCCGUUAAAUGGUUUCGGUGUGCUCGGCCCUCCUAGUGUGUAAGCUGUUAACAGUAUCCAGAAGACACAGUCUCACUUUUUUCAUUUGACAUCUUUUUGUGAAUGAGCGGGAGGCGUGCAUCUUAGUGUGCGUUCUUUCUUUUUCGACAGGAAUCUCGAGUCCUUCCUGAUGGA